GGCUGGGGAGCUCUGGGCCCUGCAAUCGCAUUUACUGCACUUGCUACCACUGUCGUGAUGCUACGGUGGUACGCUCGAGCCAGAAUCGUUCGCUGCAUCGGCCUUGACGACUGGGUCAUCCUCCUCUCACUACUCUGCGCCAUCACAAUGUGCAUCCUUAUCGGCAUCGCCGUGCACUCCGGCAUCGGCAUCACCACCCCGACCUCUCCACUCCUCUUUCACCACACAACGCUCAUCGCCCGCCUCAUCGUGGCCAACAACUCGCUCUGGUCCCUGACCGUCAACAUCACCAAAUCCUCCAUUCUCACCCAAUACCUCCGCAUAUUCUCCUCGCCACGCACCCGCACCAUCUGCUACAUCCUCCUCUUCCUGCUCCUCCCCGCAACCUGCUGGGGCAUAUUUGGUGGUAUCUUCCUCUGCAAUCCGACCGCCAAGCUCUGGAAUCCGGAAAUUUCAGGCCACUGUCGGAAUGCCCAGACGUAUUGGGUGUCCGUCGCAAGUGUGGACAUUUUCCUCGAUCUGGCGAUUCUGAUACUCCCGAUUCCUGCUAUCGCGGCGCUGCAUCUCCCAAGGAAGCAGAGAGUUGCUACGCUUUGUGUGUUUCUGUUGGGGUUUGUGGUGUGUGCGGUCAGCGUUAUCCGUCUGGCGACUGUCCUCGCGAUUGCGCAGCAAGGCGACUUUGUUAUGUCGGGAAUUUGGGCGAUCAUUUGGAGUGUGGUGGAGGCGAAUGUGGGGAUUGUUUGUGCAAGUUUGUUGGCAUUGAAGUGUUUGAUUGUAAAGUUAUGGCCGGGGUUGCUC